AAGGUUCAAAGGGAAGAGGCGAGGAGUCCAGGGUCUCACCGCCCACGCAGCCAAUGAGAAGCCUGGGGGGUGGAGCCUGGCCAGCUCUGGCUGCUGAGGGACUCGCCCCCGGUGGAUGCGGUGGAGUUUGAGCUUUUUGCUGCAUCCGUCCCUGAAGAACAAAAUAAGAGUAAGGGAGACAAGCUGCAGAGCAUGGGAGGCUGUGGGGUUUUCUGAAACCUUUGCUGGGCUCUCCGCGGAGCAUGAGCUUUUAAAAGGAGUUCUUUGGAGAAAAAUCCAUUUGUGUUCGCUGGAAAAAUGAUACACAUGCUAAAUGCAGCAGCCUAUCGGGUGAAAUGGACCAGAUCCGGUGCUGCUAAAAGGGCUGCCUGCCUGGUGGCUGCGGCAUAUGCUCUGAAAACCCUCUAUCCCAUCCUUGGCAGGCGUUUAAAGCAGCCUGGCCACCGGAAGGCGAAAGCAGAAGAUUACCCGCCUGCAGAGAACAGAGAAAGACUGCAUUGCACAGAGAUCAUCUGUAAAAAACCUGCGCCGGGACUAAAUGCAGAUUUCUUCAAACAGCUACUGGAACUUCGGAAAAUCCUCUUUCCAAAACUUGUGACCACUGAAACGGGGUGGCUCUGCCUCCACUCGGUGGCUCUAAUCUCACGAACGUUUCUGUCUAUCUACGUGGCUGGUCUGGAUGGGAAAAUCGUGAAAAGCAUCGUGGAAAAGAAGCCUCGGACUUUCAUCAUCAAACUAGUCAAGUGGCUUAUGAUUGCCGUCCCCGCUACCUUUGUCAACAGCGCUAUCAGGUACCUGGAGUGCAAACUGGCAUUGGCCUUUAGAACUCGCUUAGUGGACCAUGCCUAUGAGACCUAUUUUGCAAAUCAGACUUAUUAUAAGGUGAUAAAUAUGGACGGGAGGCUGGCAAACCCUGACCAGUCUCUAACUGAAGACAUUAUGAUGUUCUCGCAAUCGGUGGCUCACCUGUAUUCCAACCUUACCAAACCGAUUUUAGAUGUAAUUCUAACCUCCUAUACCCUCAUCCGGACAGCUACAUCCAGAGGAGCAAGCCCCAUCGGGCCCACCCUGUUAGCAGGGCUCGUGGUGUAUGCCACUGCUAAAGUCCUGAAAGCUUGCUCGCCCAAAUUUGGUACUCUGGUGGCUGAAGAAGCUCAUAGAAAGGGCUACUUGCGGUACGUUCACUCCAGAAUCAUAGCCAAUGUGGAAGAAAUUGCCUUCUACAGAGGACAUAAGGUAGAAAUGAAGCAACUGCAGAAGUGUUACAAGGCUUUAGCUUACCAGAUGAACCUUAUUCUAUCCAAACGUUUGUGGUACAUCAUGAUAGAACAGUUCCUGAUGAAGUAUGUGUGGAGCGGCUGUGGACUAAUUAUGGUGGCCAUACCUAUCAUCACUGCAACAGGCUUUGCAGAUGGUGAUCUGGAGGACGGCCCUAAGCAGGCUAUGGUUAGCGAUCGGACUGAGGCCUUUACCACUGCUCGGAAUUUACUGGCCUCUGGAGCUGACGCGAUUGAGAGGAUUAUGUCUUCAUACAAAGAGAUCACUGAACUAGCGGGUUAUACUGCCAGAGUGUACAACAUGUUCUGGGUCUUCGAUGAAGUGAAGAGAGGCAUUUAUAAGAGAACUGUCACUCAGGAGCCUGAAAACAAUAGCAAGAGUGGAGGUGGCCUGGAGCUGCCCCUCAGUGACACCCUGGCAAUCAAAGGGACAGUCAUUGAUGUGGACCAUGGAAUCCUUUGUGAAAAUGUUCCCAUAAUCACGCCAGCGGGAGAAGUGGUGGCUUCCAGUCUGAACUUCAAAGUAGAAGAAGGGAUGCAUCUUUUGAUAACCGGCCCCAAUGGUUGUGGGAAAAGCUCUCUGUUCAGAAUCUUAAGUGGGCUCUGGCCUGUGUAUGAAGGAGUCCUUUAUAAACCACCUCCCCAACAUAUGUUCUAUAUUCCACAGAGGCCGUACAUGUCUAUUGGAAGUCUUCGGGAUCAAGUCAUUUAUCCUGACUCGGUGGAUGACAUGCAUGAGAAAGGUUAUACAGACCGAGACCUGGAGCGCAUUCUGCACAGCGUCCACCUCUACCACAUAGUCCAAAGAGAAGGAGGAUGGGAUGCAGUCAUGGAUUGGAAAGAUGUCCUUUCAGGAGGGGAGAAACAGAGAAUGGGGAUGGCACGGAUGUUUUACCAUAAACCGAAGUACGCAUUGCUGGACGAGUGCACCAGUGCUGUGAGCAUUGACGUGGAAGGAAAGAUAUUUCAGGCUGCUAUCGGGGCUGGCAUUUCCUUACUGUCUAUAACGCACAGGCCUUCUCUGUGGAAAUACCAUACCCACCUAUUGCAGUUCGAUGGAGAAGGAGGUUGGCGCUUUGAACAGUUGGACACUGCUAUCCGCUUAACGUUAAGCGAGGAGAAACAGAAGUUGGAGUCGCAGCUCGCUGGAAUUCCCAAAAUGCAGCAGAGACUCAAUGAACUGUGCAAAAUUUUGGGGGAAGACUCGGUGCUGAAAACGAUCCAAACUGCCGAGGACACAUCCUAACUGACCUUGACAUGUUUUAAGUUAACUUCUAGGUGACGCCUCAGAGACUCUUUCUUUACUGCAUGCAGUAUGUUAAGCUAAGUGAAGAGAAAGCAAGCCAGCAAAAAAAAAAGUAUUUUGUAUGAUUUUAGCAUCGAGGAAAUAUGAUAACUUUUUCGAAUGAAAAAGAAAAAUCGAAAGAAUUAGUUGCGGUUAGUCAUGACUCAGGUUAGUGCCCCGUGAGAGGGUAGCUCACCUGUAAAGUGGGUUUCUAGACUAGGAGAGUGUGUAUGGUUCUUCCUGGGAGAGAAUGCCCCAAAACAAGACAGCAGGGGCACCAGCUGGGCUGAUGUCAUCUGUGUGGAAUUAGAACUUUGAGGGCUCUUUCAACCCAGGUAACGGGGACAAUAGGUGCAACACCCUGAAUCUAUAGUCAGCACUGCUAGGGGCCAACUCAAACUGUGUACAAAGUAGCAGGCGGUUUGAUACAUAGUUUCAGUCUGAAAAAGGUGUAUCUGAAUGACAGUGGUUGGAAACAAGCACGGCUAGACAAGUAUAAAGUACUGUAUUAAAUUUUUUCAUACCUUGAGCAUCUUAAUACAGAUACAGAAAUUAACAUUAAUAAAAAUUGUGUGUAUGUGUUUAAAAAAAA